ACAAUCUUUUAUCGCCGACUGUACUUUUUUUUGUACGAGCAAAUAUUACUCACUUAGAUCAUUUUACAAACCCUAAACACAAUUAGUUUGCGUUGUUUAUUCACAAAGUUCCCAUGGGCACUUCCUGUCUCCAUCAUCAGAGUGCAGUGUCUCCAGCAUCAUCACCUCUAAAUUAUCAUAAUACGAGUAUUGCAUUGUCAUCCGCUUUUCAUAUGUAUGUAAAAUUUCAGCUCAAUCGGAAAUCGGGAAGUGGGUCAAGUUUAGCUUACAAAAUUUGACCCACACUAACAAACUUACAUAUUAAUAGAGCAAGUUAAAUUAAAACUCACCUUUCUCUCACCUUUUCAUGUUAUAAUUGUUUCAUAAAACAAAUACAUUCUUACCAUUACAAAACAUUAAUUGUUUAUAAAUAAAUCAUGAUUUACAUCAUGUAAUUGUUUAAUAAACAAAUAAUUCAAUAUCGUAUCUAUAUGAAUAAACCAGUGUUACGUAAAAACUCGUGAGAAAGACACGUGUAUACGAACAAGAGUAAUGUUAUAAGGAUUAUAAAUUAAACAACUGGUUAUUGGAAUAUUUCCGAAAUAAUAAAUUUAAUCCUCGGAUUAUUUGACCUGUGCAGACGCUAGAAAUACAAAAUGCAUUUCUUAUUGCUGCUGAGUAUCUUCAGAGUCGCGAGCGGGGAGUUCAUCAAAUGCGAUGGCGUCAUAUUCCGCGGCGUGUACUUCGACAAGGUUCCAUUCGUCAGGAACUUCCAGAAGCCUUAUAACCUUUUCCUUCACAAAUUCUCUGGGAUGCUCUUUUUUAGUAACACUAUUCAUAAUGGGACUAACAUCACAGACUUUACGAUUACUUCCUGCUCUGUUGACUCUGGAAGAUGCACAGAUGUCCAUGGGAUCCCAGGAGGAUUCGCUAUUGGUUACGACCAAGGGAAUGACGACGUUUAUCUAGGUGGCCACGACGGUAUUUACAAAUAUAACUUUGUAACAAAAUCAGCAGAAUUUUUCGGUGAAGAAGGAAAAUCUAUAUGGUCAUUAUUCAUCAGGAAGAACUUCUACUACAUCCGUUAUCCAGAGCAAAAAUUAUAUGUUUACGUGGACUCGGGAUUUGUAAAAGUAGCGGAAGCUUACCAUUUUGAAGUUGACAUUUUCUACAUUUCCAGACAAAACGAUAUCUACAUAGCUAACAAAACUGCCUUGUACAAAAUCGAGCAUCCAUCAUAUACUUCAAUAUUUCUUGCUGAUAAUUUUGUAGUUCGACAAAUAGUUGAAGAUGGUUUCGGUGACAUAUAUUUCUGUGGAAACGAUGGUAUAUAUAUUGAAGAUAAACCUGACUAUGCAGUUAAAAGGGUUGCUAAAAUAGAUGACGCGUAUGGUCUUGUUUUUGAUGAGAAUGAUCAAGUUAUGUUUUCUGAUAGUGAUACAAUAUACCGGCUGAAACAAAGUUCGCAUAGUAAUGAAUGUUUUUAUGCUCUCAGUACUUAUGACCAAAAUGGUGCGAGUAAAUAAAUUAUAGAUACUUAGUGUUUUGGAUCUACUGCUUCAAUCAGACAAGAUUAAACAGAUUUAAAACUUGAA